UGGAAAAGCAUUUGAAGGCAGCACGGGACAAGUGAGGGAAAGAGGAAGGAAUCCACGUACCCAAUCUUCCAUCGCAAUAGUCCAGCCGUGUAAUGUCCUCAAUGUUUAACGCUACGGCUAUUUGAUGAAACGCUGCUUUCAGUUAAGCGGAUAACGGUCUUCAUAGUGGCGGGGUGACGCGGAAUAACCCACAUUGGUCCAGUUUGCUGAACGGGAGAGGACUAAAAUGGAGCUGGAAGACGGAGUUGUGUACCAGGACGACCCGGGGACAUCAGCGAUGAUGUCUGAGCGGGUAUCGGGCCUGGCCAACUCCAUCUACCGCGAGUUCGAGAAGCUUAUCGGGAAAUACGACGAGGACGUGGUGAAGGAGCUGAUGCCGCUGGUCGUGGCCGUGCUGGAGAACCUGGACUCGGUGUUCGCCGAGAACCAGGAGCACGAAGUGGAGCUGGAGCUGCUGAAGGAGGACAACGAGCAGCUCAUCACCCAGUACGAGCGGGAGAAAGCGCUGAGGAAACAUGCAGAGGAGAAGUUCAUUGAGUUUGAGGACACUCACGAACAGGAUAAGAAGGACCUGCAGAACCAUGUGGACAGAAUGGAGUCCCACUCGCGGCAGCUGGAACUUAAGAUCAAGAACUACGCAGACCAGAUUGGCAGGUUAGAAGAACGUGAAUUGGAGCUCAAGAAAGAAUACAACUCCCUCCAUCAGCGACACACAGAGAUGAUCCAUAACUAUAUGGAGCAUGUAGAGAGGAUCAAAAUGCAGCAGAUAAGUGAGACUUCAGAGUCCAGCGCGGUCGGCCGAAUCAGGAGAGAGCGGCCUCUUUCUUUGGGGAUCUUCCCAUCACCUGGUGGACCGUCUCUGCUAAACCCAGACCCCCAGGCCAGGGCAGAGACACCGGGCACAGAGGGCUGGAGGUUCACCGACCCGACGCGGUCCAACUCUAGCCUCAAGCAGUUGGACUUUGUCAACCCCCCAAAGGAAAGGGAGGGUAAGAGUGCGCAGGACUCUACUUGGGGGAAUUCACUGGCAGACGACUGCAAGGAUGAGCUGUCGGACUUCACUGGCUCGAAGUUGGCCACACCAAUGUCCACCACGACCUCGGACAUGGAGAGGGAAGAAGGGAACAGUAAGAGCACGGAGGUGCAAGCUGCACCCGGGACCAGAUCCAUAUCAGUGGGUUUGCCUGAAAAUGAGGACAACUCAGAUGUGCAGGACAUCAUUGAGUCCACCCCUGAGCUGGACAUGGACCUCAUUGGAUACAAGCCCUGCAGUACUCCUACUAAAGGCAUUGAGAACAUGGCAUUUGACCGAAACACAGACUCUCUGUUUGAAGAGCUGUCCUCUGCAGGCACUGGGCUCAUAGGGGAUGUGGAUGAAGGGGCCGACCUGCUGGUGGAGUACUCCGACCUUAGUUUGAUUGGUAUGGGCCGGGAAGUUGAAAAUCUCAUUCAGGAGAAUUCACAACUGCUCGAGACAAAGAAUGCUCUGAACGUGGUGAAUAAAGACUUGAUAUUGAAGGUGGACGAGCUGACCUGCGAGAAGGAGAUGUUGCAGGGAGAGAUGGAGGCUGUGCUGCAGGCCAAGACCAAGCUGGAGGACAAGAACAGAGAGAUGGAGGAGGAACUCAAAAAAGUGCGACUGGAGGUGGAGGAAAUAAAACACAAAAGUAAAGAUGAAGAAGAUAGUGAUGUACCUACAGCCCAGAGGAAGCGCUUCACCAGAGUGGAAAUGGCCCGAGUGCUGAUGGAAAGGAAUCAGUACAAAGAGAGACUGAUGGAGCUACAGGAAGCUGUGCGGUGGACAGAGAUGAUCAGGGCCUCAAGAGAAAAUCCAACACUCUCAGAAAAAAAGAAAUCCAGCAUCUGGCAGUUCAUUAGCUUCAGCAGACUGUUUAGCUCCUCCUCCAGUUCGCCGGCUAUGAAGAAGGUGGAGUCCCAGUCCAACAUGAAGUACAACGCCUCUAGCAGCAUGGUGAAGAGGAGUAGCACCUUCUCUCAGUUCCCAACAGAGAAGUCCAAGACUUUCGACUUCCUCAAUGAAGAAAAGGACCAGUGCAGCUCGCCAUCGCGUAAAGAGCAGAAGAGAGCCCAGUACAGACAGGUCAAGGCCCACAUGCAGAAGGAGGAUGGACGAGUCACGGCACACGGCUGGAGCCUGCCCAGUAAAUACAAGGUGGCAAAUGGUGGACAGGUGGAGAACAAGAUGAACUUACCUGUACCAGUGUACUUGAGACCGCUGGAUCAGAAAGAUGCUUCCAUGAAGCUGUGGUGUGCUGCAGGGGUCAACCUGUCUGGAGGGAGGACAUUACCAGAGCUCAUGAGGCAGAUGAAGGGUUCUCAGAGUAGCCUGGACCAGUUAGAGCAAGAGAGUAAGGAUCAUGAGAAAGGGGAGCAGGAGAAGGAGCUGGUCCUUCAGGACGAGACAUCCAGUAGGGUGUGGGUGUGCACCAGCACCCACUCCUCCACCAAGGUGAUGGUGCUGGAUGCCAGUCAGCCCUCUGACCUACUCGACUGCUUCUACGCCUGCAACACCCACGUCGUCUGCAUUGCCAGCGUGCCAGGCGUGUUGGAGUCUGAUUAUUUGGCAGGUGAGGAGGUACCCCAAGACCUGGAGGCUUGCCAAGGUGACGGGGUGUCACUGGCCGGCAGCGUGGCCAGCGUGGGCUCAGCAGGCAGCGAUGGUGCCAUGGCAGCAGAGGGGACCACUGCCAUUCCCCAGACGGCCAGCACAGGUGUCACCGACCAGCCAGCUGAGCACAGCGGCAUCUCUAGCUCUGUUGAGCUGUCCAGAGAGACCAGUCCAGCAGAAGACGGCGUUCCUGCGGCGGAAGAGGCAACGGAAGCAACGGAGGCUAAUGCUGGCGUUGGCGAAGAAGGAGAGGAAGACCAGGGAGCGGAUCAAAACCAGCCAGGAAUCUAUACGGAGCAUGUGUUCACUGACCCGCUGGGGGUGGGACCCACUGACUCCCCUUCUGCUGACGCACAGAGGGGCUGCGGGCAUGAUGACGAGACUUCCUUUCCAGAAGUCUCCAACCCAUCAGACGGGGAAGUUCUGAGGAUGAGCAGCGCCCUACCCACCAUGUGGCUGGGAGCGCAGAAUGGAUGUCUGUAUGUGCACUCGUCUGUGGCUCGAUGGAGGAAGUGUCUCCAUGCCAUCAAGCUGAAAGACUCCAUCCUCAGCAUAGUACAUGUUAAAGGGAGAGUCCUGGUAGCUCUGGCUGAUGGGACAUUAGCAAUUUUCCACAGAGGCAUUGCAGACGGUCAGUGGGAUUUAACCAACUACCACCUGUUGGAUCUGGGUCGGCCCCACCACUCUAUCCGCUGUAUGACCGUAGUCCAUGACAAGGUGUGGUGCGGCUACAGGAACAAGAUCUACGUCAUCCAGCCUAAGGCCAUGAGGAUAGAGAAGUCGUUUGAUGCUCAUCCUCGCAAGGAGAGUCAGGUGCGGCAGCUGGCCUGGGUUGGGGACGGUAUCUGGGUGUCCAUCCGACUGGAUUCAACUCUACGCUUGUUUCACGCCCACACCUACCAGCACCUCCAGGACGUGGACAUCGAGCCCUACGUCAGCAAGAUGUUGGGUACGGGUAAACUGGGCUUCUCGUUUGUGAGAAUCACAGCUCUGAUGGUGUCCUGCAGCCGACUCUGGGUGGGGACAGGAAACGGCGUCAUCAUCUCCAUCCCUCUGUCUGAAGCCAACAAGACAACGGGAAUAGUGCCAAAUCGGCCCGGCAGUGCUGUACGGGUUUACGGUGAUGACAGUUCAGACUGUGCCAUGCAGGGCAGCUUUGUGCCAUACUGCUCCAUGGCCCACGCCCAGCUGUGUUUCCAUGGACAUCGAGAUGCUGUCAAGUUUUUUGUCGCCGUGCCAGGUCAGGCGAUGCCCCCUCCAGGCAGUGCCGAUUCAGGCUCUGAUGACCCUCCAUCUGAAUCCUCUGACACAGCAACCUCUGAGCCCAAAACAUUCCUGGUCAUGAGUGGAGGCGAAGGCUACAUUGACUUCAGAAUGGGCGAUGAAGGCGGCGAGUUGGACGGUUUAUCAGAACCAACAGCCAGCCAGCAGUCCCCACCUACCAAGGCCGAGCGAAGCCACCUCAUCGUCUGGCAGGUCACAACCUCACAUGACUGAAAGAAGAAAAGAAAAAAAUCAGACGGUUGUUGUCAACACCACGGCCGCCCACCAAACCCCCCGCAUGUCCUCCUCAAAGUUUUUAAUUUGGUAUCACUGAUUGUUCUUAAUGCCGGAGUCGUUGACUACUUUGUAAAAAACAAUAUUUUUAGUCCAUGUUUUGUACAGUUUAUUCUUUAUGAAUUUGAAUUAGGUAAGGUGAGGUUUAUGUUAACUUAAAGAAUACGUCCAAGGUCCAAGUGUUCCCUUCUGCUGGUCUGCAUGUUGGAAAAGCCGGUGCACACUGGAAAAGGCCAAGUUAAUGCAACUAAAGUUGUGGGCAUUGUUUGAUCAGGUAAUGUAUGGAAGUUGUUGGUCUCCCAAAUGUUAAACAAAAGGGUUUAGAUGUGAAAGAUAACAGGGAAAAGCGCUUGAAGCAGUUUUGCGGUCAUUAAAAAAGGAACCGAAAGUUAAAUUGAAGUAUAGUUUCUACAUUAUACACAUAAGACUUUUUGUCCGUAAGUAUAUGAGCAUCAGGUGUGUGUAUGCAUUCACUGAUCAUUAUUAUUAUUAUUUUCUUAACCAUUAGGGCUGGGUGUCAAAAUAUGUCUCCUGCAAGUCAAAAUGUAUAAACAAUUUUAAAAGGUUAAAUUCUUUGAAUGUGUUAUCUGAGGCUGAUUACUCUACUGUACACUCUGAUUAUUAAAAAGCAGAUUACAUUAAAUGUGAUUUUAUUCAGCAAAAGUCGGAUAAAACACUUUGAGAGGUUGUAUUAAUAUUGAGUGACACCGAGCUCUAUUUGCCACAGGUCUACGUUUUAUGACAUGAAUAAUGUCUAAGCAGUUUGGGUACUGCUACUGAAUAGAGGAACCAGCUUACUGUACUGUAGGUUAGCGUUAGCCUGCAUGGGGAAAUUCUGUAUCCUCGUCCAAGUGUGUGUUUGCCUGCUCGGAUGUUUUAAGCUAAACCCUUGUCUGUCGUGUGAGGGGAAAUCUGCCUGUGCCACCAGCUUGGUGCUUCCUGUUUGCUUCAGUUUAUUGGCACUUUAAAAUGUUAGAUGUUAGUCGCUUGAGGUUUGGAAGAACACCCAUGGUAAUGUACACCACACUACUAUGUUUUAAUUGUGUUAAGGGAAAAAUUUACAAAUAUGGGUAGCAAGGUGUCACCGAAGUAACCAAAGGACGAAAGAAGAAGCACCGUGAAACUGACUAUUUCAUUAUUUUUAUGUUUUGCUACUUAAAACGUCUUGUGAUUCUAAUAAUUUGAGGGUAUACAUGUGUAUUUUCAGGGCGUCAUCUUAUUGGGAAAUGAGCUUGAAUAAGGGAAUUUGUCUAACAUUUUUGUGAGGCACCUUCUAAUGGACAUGGACACAGCACUAAAGGGAGUCUCUGUUGAUUGCUUCAUCAUUCCUUGUUUUCUAAAUACAUUUGGAGGCCAGGAAGGCAAUUAUUGUCAUUAUUUUUAUGGUUGUUAUUUUGUUGUUCAUGUUUUGUAUCAUGUGCGAGACACUUUUAUUAAGUAUUUUGAUGAUGACUGUAACACGAUUGCAGAAUACCAAUAUUAAGCAGGUGUUUUAAAUUUGUUUUUAUAUCUGAAAAGUUGGGCCAAGAUUGGUCUUCAGUCCAUUUCAAAAUAGUAACUUUCUAUUUUGUUUUUGCCAUUCCAGUAUUUAUUUCCUUUGUUAUGGAACCUAUCUUGGUUCAGAAUGUAACUUUCUACGUGAGCAAAAUAUAAUGGGAGGCUAUUGUAAACAAAAUAGUCCAGUGAGUUACGUGAUUGUUGAUAAUGGUCAAAUAAAAGGAAUAAAUGUAAUCAUGUAGGAAAUUUCUGACAAACCAUGAGAUCAAAGUGUGCAAACAAUAACUUGGUGGUUUUCACUCAUUCAUGUACAAAGCUAUGCAUGUUUUUGUUUUUUAAAGAGGACACUGCUAUGUUUUCAGCUAAAUCUCUGUUUAUUGCCACCGUUUUGGGUGGGGUGGAUGUCUACAUGUAUGUUUGUGUACAGUACAUUGUGUACAUGUUGGAGUUUGAACGCAGGACACAUUUGUCAGUGUGUGUUUGAUUUUGCAAAUGUGCGGUGUAUGUGUGUUCACUGUAUGUCCAUCUGUAAUACCCCAGAGACUGGUCACAUUUACUCGUUGCACUGGGCUUCUCUGGACGCCAUAACGGCGGUUCCUCCUGGUCAAUGUUUGCUAAAACAGCAUCAUAGCCUUAUUUUUAACAAUCUAUUAAACUCAGUUUCAUGGAGA